GAGCUCGCUGUCGUGUUGACUAACGUACAAAAACUGCACAUGACUCGUCUCUGUGUCGAAAUACCUCUUCAUUCACAUGAAUCAGCCACUAAAAAUACUGCUGGCUAAUUUGUAAAUAUAUUCGACCAUGGGCCUAUAUGGCCGGGUUGUAUUGCUCAGUCAUUCGACGAACCACUGUUGUAGCCGACUACGCAUCGCGUGUGGUGUCGACUAACCAGGAAGCGUAAACUAGCGGAGUGUUGGGAUUUCAAAGACCUUAAACGUUCUUUUAGAAAUGGCGACUUCAGACACCGCCAUGCUGAAGCGGUACAAGGCUGCCAUGCUUCUGGCGGGCGCGGGUGAUGCUCUCGGCUACAAGAAUGCAGAAUGGGAGUUCUGUCGAAAAGGAAGAUUUAUCCACGAAGAACUGGAACGAUUGGGAGGAUUAGAAAUGAUCGAAGUGAACAGACACGGCUGGACGGUGAGUGAUGACACCGUAAUGCACCUGGCUACUGCCCAAGCACUGGUGUCCCCUGCAGCUGAGCAGGGCCGCAUCGAGCUGUACCACGAGAUGGCCCGCCAGUACAUAGAGUGCAUGAAGGACAUGACCGGCAGGGCGCCAGGUGGGACCUGUAAGGCGUCGACCCGGAUUCUGAAACCAGGCAUCAAAGAUGGCUACAAGGUCCCUUUCAGCAAUAGGAGCGGAGGAUGUGGAGCGGCCAUGAGGUCCAUGUGCAUUGGCCUCAGAUACUCCAGACCUGAAGACCUGAACGACCUGAUUGCUGUCAGCAUUGAGAGUGGCAGAAUGACACACCAUCAUCCUGUGGGCUAUCUGGGAGCCCUCACUUCGGCCCUAUUCGCAGCUUACAGUAUUCAAGGCAAGCCGCCGGUAGAGUGGGGACAGGAACUACUGGACGUUCUCCCUCAAGCCUUGCAGUACGUCGUGGACAGCGACCACUACCCCGAAGAAAAUAAAAAUGCUUGGCCAUUCUUUGAGAAGCAAUGGAAAGAUUACGUCGAGUUGCGGAAACUGGCAUCUGGAAAAGCGCAUUUCCCUGACAAUUACCAUGAGGCUGACGUGAGGGACGCAUACUACAAACACAUCAGUAUUGGCGGGUGGGGCGGGGCUUGUGGGCAUGACUCCACUAUUAUUGCCUAUGACGCCAUCCUGGGGGCCGGGCAAGACUGGAAAGAGCUGUGUAUGAGGGGGGUGUUCCAUGGCGGCGACAGUGACAGCACAGGGACCAUAGCGGCAUGCUGCUACGGCGCCAUGUACGGAUUGGAAGGUGUGCCAAAGGGAAACUAUAGAAACCUUGAGUACAGAGACCGCCUGGAGACACUUGGGAAGAAGCUGUAUCACCUGGCUAUGAAAGACACUGCUGACCAAGGCACUCCCGAGGAGACAGACGCGACGGACGCCACCCCCUGAUCGCCAUGGCAUUCCCAAGAGAUGGCAUUUUAAGUUCAGCACUCAUUUGACACUUCUACUUGCCUUACUGUAUCACAAGAAGUGACAGUCUAAUCAUGGAGCUAGCGACAUGUAACCAUUUCAUAAUGCAUUCAUUAUAUGUCAUAUGGUUCUGUUUCACAAUUAGAUCUACGAUUUAGAAAUGCAAUAUGGGGGCACGGGUGGCCCAGUCGUCUAAGGUGCCGCGAUUCACUGUGCAGAGUUGCGUCCCUUGGGCACGCCAGAAACCUAUGAUUGUGGGUACGAAUCCCGGUACAUCACUUCGGGCUUUCCUCCCUCAUUAAACUGACACGUCAUGAUAUAAAUGGAAUACUGUUAAAGGCGGCGUGCAUCAUACGACCAAAGUCUUGCCAAGAUGACAAUAACUGAAUAAUCAUGCUGGUUAUUUCCAAUGAUUUUCAAACCAAUUAUGUUGGAACACUUUUAAUACCCAAUGCAAAACAUACCAUUUUUAAGAAAUAAAUAAUAUUUUAUGCUUCUCUGAUUCUCUAUGGAAAAAUUGUUCCUGGUAUCACUGAUUCUAUGACUCAUAUUUACAUGCAAAUAACAUUGACAAUUACCAACGGACGCCUACAUUUUAAACACGUUCAAUAACUAUUGUAUGCACUUUUUGCAACAAGUAAUGGAUGGUUGUUGUAGAGAAGCUUGUAUAUGACGUUUCGUUGUCUCAGUAUUCACAAGACCAUGUUCGUGGGACACUGUUGUCGGCAGUAGAUAACAAUCAUGACGCAAAUUUUCCCUCCACAGAUAGAUUGAAAAUAAAAUAAUACUGCAUUGUAA